GGACGACCUACAACUUCAGCACAAUGGCGGGAAACAGGAGUUGCCUGAGUGCUGCAGCCCUGACCAGGUGUGCAGACUUGGGCAGGAGAAUCUCAGAACAACACAGGAAGAGGCGGUAUCCAUGGAAACCAGGCUUGGAAUUUGAUUGGCUGCCUUCUGUCUUGGAGGAAAAGUUGAAACAUGAAAGGUACUACAGUGACACUGUCAAUAUUAUCUCACAGUUGUAUAUUGUACCUUCACAGGUUGAGUUUGGCCCAGAACACCAUUUCUUUACGAGCUGUUCACCGCAGCAGAUGGAGAGUGCCUGCGCUCAGCUUCUCAAACUUGGGCUGUCUGAAGUUGCCAUGUGUGGUGCCUGUCAUUUCAUGACACAAGUUACACCACCUCCCAGCCAUACCAACUGUUGUGUGUUCAUAAGGCAGUGUCUUCUUACCCAGCUACAUGAUGUAGAGAGGGAGUCUGCAUCAAGGAAUUUGUCUGCAGCUAUUGUAGCAUUUGCAAGGAAGUACCCGCGCCCGUUUGUUGAGACGGCUGUGAGGCCGCUGCUGACGACCAUGGGGGAGGGCAGCUGGCUGUGGGACGUCCUGAACAGGCUGGUCACCGAAUCAGACACACAGCGACAGGAUCUCAUAUCAAUUCUUCAAGUGCUGUACGGAGCUGAAACUUGGUCUGAGACCACCAUAACCCUGCUACAGACAGUCAUUACCCAGAAGCCUCCACUGGACAGCACUUUGCUCUCUGACCUCACCACAGCUACUGGGGCGCAUGCAGAGAAUCUGAACUCUGACCUCAAGUUCACUAAGCUCGUCCUGGCUAUAAUUAAGACAUACGGGAAGCAGAUGUCUCAAGAUGAUGUCAAGAUCUUCACUGCUGCUCUGGACUGCAACCAAACCUUCUUGAAGAGAGCAGCUUUGGCUGCCCUCAAAAGAGUUGCAAAAUAAAGAUAGGGCAAGAGUAAAAGACAAUUUUUGUUUUAGCUUUUGACUGCAAAACAAGUAUUUCUGAUUAGUUUGACUCAAUGACAUGUUGGUGCUAUGUUUCGUUCAGGUUAAUUU